AUGCCCAUGGACCAAUCUAUCUCAUCUCCAUUGUUUCCCAUGGAAAAGGAUAUUGAUAUCCCCCUCGAUGCUACACCCUUGGCACAAAGUUCAUCAUUACAGCUUUUUAUUCAUUUAGCUGAACCAGUUGUUUUCCUCCAAGGCUUUGACCCUCAGAAGACGGAAUAUCCCUCGGUUGUUCUUCGGGGCUGUCUAGUGGUAAGAAUACUGAAACCCACAAAGCUGAAAAGCAUAAGUCUUUCGUUCAAAGGAUAUUCUAGAACUGAAUGGCCUGAAGGUAUCCCUCCUAAAAGACAAGAAUUCGUGGAAAUCAAAGAUAUUGUAGACCAUACAUGGGCUCUAUAUCCGCCAACUGAACAGAAGAGCAAGAAAAAGAUGGAUGCUUCCGCACCUAAUGAGAGCAACAAUGCAGCUAAUAAUUUUUUGACGAAGGAAAGUGGUGCCUCUCUUUAUAGAACACUGUCUGAUAAUGAAACUAUAACAAGCAGAAAAAAUUCUAUAUCAGGUUUGUCCUCGUUGAACUUGUCACCUCUAGGUGCACCUGGAAAUUCCUCUGUCAACGUAAAAGACAGAGAAAGUAGACAAAGAUCUAGAUCUUCGUCAGUCACUUCUUCCAAUGGACCAUCAAGAAACCUAUCCCCGAUAAAUUUAUUGAAGAGAGCCACGUCUCCUUCCGUGUCUCACCACAACUAUAAACCUACGACCACUUCCAUCUUUUCCGACUUGUUGAAUAACACCUUUACCCAUAAUGAUGCAGCAUCGCAUCAUGGUCAUCAUAUCCCCACCAGUAGCAAUCAUCUGGCAAUGACAAGCAACAACUUCACCAGCGGGUCUGGAGGAGAAUUUUUUGUCUUUCAACCAGGCGACUAUAUUUAUGCUUUCGAAGAACUAAUUCCUCAAGCAUACCCAGAAUCUAUUAAAGCUGAUUUCGGAUUUGUGGAAUACUUCUUAUUUGCCAGUAUAGAGAGACCUGGUGCCUUUAAAUCAAACAUUAGCGCCCGGCAAGUGGUUAAUAUCGUACGGACACAGGCUCAUAAUUCUGUGGAAGAAAGUGAGCCGAUUAUCAUAUCUAGAGAUUGGGAAAACCAAUUAUAUUAUGAUAUCGUUAUAGCAUCAAAGGAUAUUAUUUUAGAUGCUUUUCUGCCUAUCACGUUCAAAUUCGCUCCCCUCGAUAAAGUUACGUUGCAUAGAAUAAGAAUUUAUGUGACAGAGACAAUGGAGUAUUAUUGUAGAGAAAAGAAGGUUCAUAGGAUGGAGCCCACCAAGAAAUUUUUAUUGACAGAACAGAAAGGUCCUAAAUUACCGAACUUGCCCAAUGAUGCAAAUUUGUCAAAGGCCAAGAAUAUGGGGAACCUGUUGCAGGAUCCAAAGAAUGGUGAUUUAGUGAAUAAAGAGUAUGAGUACCAGAUUUUUAUUCCGAGUCGUUUCAACAACCAUCAGCAAUUGCAUCCAGAUACUUCUUAUGAAAACAUCAAAGCAAACCAUUGGAUUAAAAUUUGCCUGAGACUGUCUAGAGUAGUAGAUAAUAAAAGGAAACAUUACGAAAUUAGUAUUGACUCGCCAAUACAUGUUUUACAUAGAUUGUGCUCGCAUGCAAAUACCCUUUUACCGAGCUAUGAUGGACAUCCUGCUUCUUUUCCAAAAGAAACAGAUUCCUCAAUUUCCUCAAUAUUGGAAUCGUCUGAUGACAAUAUAAAUCUAUACCAUAACUCUAAUAUUUUCUUUCCCAAGGAAGUCCUUUCGUCUCCAGUACUUUCGCCCAAUGUCCAACCAUUAGACAUUUUAAUCCCACAUUUACCUUCCACUUCAUUGACCAGAAACUCUAGGCAAUUCAAUAGGAACUCAAAAUCCCAUCCGAGUGAUAAUACCAUCUUCAAUUCUGCAAAGUUGAAAUCCAACAUAUAUCAACCGGAGAGUUUGCAAAGAGAAUUAGCAUCACCCCAGGCAAUCCCGCUCUCUCCAAUAACAUCGCCAAUGUCAAAUAUGGAAGUGCCUCCGCCAGAUUUUGACUUUUCUUCCGAUUUCAUAUCUGAUGCUGCUUCCGGAACCACUACUACUGAGGUAUCUUCAUCAGAGUCGAGCAUCUUACCACGGGAUCCACCAUCUUAUAAGGAUACUGUGUUGCAUGACAACAAUCAAAAAAGGAGGCCUAAUUCCAAACAUCCGACGCCUCCAAGUUUAAAAGCUUCCCAUCCAAAUAAAAAUUCGGAUAAGAAUUCUUCAGAAACUUUGAAUAAAAAAGAAUCGAUGUCAAAGAUAGAAGAAAAUAAACACAAAAGAGAGACAACUCCUAAAAAGAGAGAAAAUAGGGACGUGAAAAGUUUAUCAACCCCACAACGCGAGGAAAGCAAAGACUCGACAUCCACUGGGAAUCAAAGUAACGAAAAGAACAGAAAAAGAGUAUUAAGCCUAUCGUCUUCAUUACAUAGCUCACCAAAUAAUAGCGGAUUUGCGCAUUCAGCUUUAGGAAAUCUGAGCAAUGAAUCAUUAAGAUCAUUGAAUAGAAGGGAAAGUGUUCAAGAUAAUUUACCGUCCACAAUAAGACACGAUAAUCCUUUUUUCACAGAUUUAAAUCAAGUUUUAAUAGAAGACGAACUUAAAAAUCAUGAUAAAAAUGAACUAAAUCGACAUUCUACAAAUACUUCGAGCACCCCCGCCUCAGCUAGAUCCUCUUUUGACUAUUCAGGAAUUAAUAUAAGCAAGGACAAGUUGAACAUGGAACCAUUACUGAGUAAAACGGAAACGUUGACUAAUAAAGUUAAUGAAGACUCCUUUUUAAGGCCUAAUGAUUCAUACGUUGAUCUACUUGAACCCUCAGUAGAUACUACGAUUGAUAUCACUGCGCCGUACGCUAGAAAUUCCUCUGCUUGGCAUCCUUUACAAAACGAUAACGAUAACAAUCAGUUUUCUCCACUUUUGGGAAGUAACGAGAAUUUCUUGAAUGCAGCUAAUGCACAAAAUUCUGCCGAAUCAGAUCAUAAUAAUGACAUUUUCACACAGGGCUCAGGAUUAACGGAAAGCUCUAAGAAUUCUGAUUCCGAGGAAAGAUUUAUUUCAAGACUUUCUUCACCCGAGAAAGUACUGAUUAAUACGUUAGAUAAUGAAUCUGGAUUACAAAGUAUAAAUGAGAGUACCCUUUAG